CUCCUCCUCCUCCAUUCUUUCUUUCAACGGCACGCCGAGUUUCUACGAGUUCAAGCACAGUCGCGUCCUCCACCCCCGUGGCCUUUGGAUAGAACUUUGGUACCAAGAUGACAUCCGAGCAGCACGACGAGCCGGAUGAAAUCCGCAGCUGGUCCGGCGAUUUCGACCCAUUGGCUGACAAUGACGAGCGGCGAGUGCUCUUUGCUGCAUUUGACUCCUUCAGGCAAUACCGGAGAACAGCUCACAUGAAUACAACGCACCGUCGACGCCAGGCUUUCUAUGCGCUUCCGUCCGCGCACUGGCAGAUGCUGGCUGAGCCGCCCUUCUCCAUCCUGGAUAACUUCAACCGGGUGGACGAUGCCAUCGAUGUGAACGCCGAGAUCGCCGAUGCGAUUCUGGCCACAGGCCUCUCGUCGUUCGGGCUGGUUGCAAACCCUGACCCCGAGGAUCCGCGUCAAAACUGGCACGGCGCGGCAAACUCAUCCGAUGUCAACAAGGCGCACUCGACCCUGAGACAGUUCUACCGGGACUGGAGCGCUGAGGGCAAAGCAGAGCGUGAAGCGUGCUAUGACCCUGUCCUUCGUGACUUGCGCGACGAGUUCGGUCAGCGGGCUGGGUCGGGAGAAGAAGUGAGGGUGCUUGUGCCUGGCGCUGGCUUGGGCAGGUUGGUGUUCGAAGUCUGCAAGGCAGGCUUUGCUGCUGAAGGGAACGAGAUUUCCUAUCAUCAAUUGCUGGCCAGCAGCUGGAUCCUGAACCACACGCUUGGUCCCCAACAGCAUGCGCUGUACCCAUUCGCCCUUCAUUUCUCCAAUCUCUUAUCCAGGGAGCAACAGCUGCAGAAGGUCAUGAUCCCGGACGCGCAUCCGGGUACGGCCAUGAUGGAGGCCCAAACGAACGCGGCGCCGUUCGGCAGGAUGAGUAUGUCUGCCGCCGACUUUACGGUGCUCUACAGCAAUCCGAGCAACAAGGGGGUGUUUGACGCGGUGGCAACCGUAUUCUUCAUCGACACCGCGCCGAAUCUCAUUCGAUAUAUCGAGGCCAUCCGCCACUGCCUCAAACCCAACGGCAUCUGGAUCAACGUCGGACCGUUAUUGUGGCAUUUCGAGGACGGGAGCAACCGCAGUCACGGCGGGAACGACGAGGGACACGAUCAAGGGAUUGGUGAGCCUGGGAAUGUGGAGCUGACGGAGGCAGAAGUGUUUUGCCUCGUGCAGCGAAUGGGCUUUGCGAUCGAAAAGCGCCAACCCGCGCACGAAAGGCCGUUAUGUGGGUAUAUCCAAGACCCGGACAGCAUGCUGCUGCCUCUGUAUCGCCCGUCCCAUUGGAUAGCACGCAAGCUGAAUGCAUAAAGACGUUUUCCCUGGGGAUCUUUGUAGAUGAGUAUGUCGUUUUUGCAGUUGGCAAGUUGGCUGGGCGCGAAGGUCGCGGACGGUCACGGUUCGUACGGUACGGGACGGGGGAUCGACGAUACGACAUUCAGCCGCAGGACGACAAAGAAAGCAAGCGACAAGGCUGUGGGCGGCUUAGCGGCGUGGCUGAACCCGCCGGUUGAUUGGGGCCAUUCCUUGGUGCCAUGGACCGCUCAGGUACUCGGCCCUAGACAGCCGACGGUGGAGUUGACCGCCAAACAAAGGACUGCUGGAGAUCCACCG